AUGGCAGGGGAAAGGUGUGAUCUUAACAAGGACGAAGCGGAGAUUCUCAAACCUCCUUCCUCUUCUUCUUCCUCUUCCCCUUCUAUUUUGCCGCAGCUUUCCCCUCAAGGAUUUAAAGCUCCGGAGAGCAAGGAAAAUGCUAUUCAUGCUUACGGCAGUGAAGGAAGAUUACAAAACUGCAAGGAACUAGAUAUUGGGAUGCUUGAUAAGGUAGCAAGACAAACAAAUCCCGAAUCCUGGAAAAGGGUGGGCUUGACCGGCUUCCGGUGCCGCUGCGGCGAUCUCUUCUGCAAACUUCACCGGUACUCCGAUUCCCAUGACUGCUCAUUUGAUUACAAGGCGGCUGGAAGAGACCAAAUCGGUAAGGCCAAUCCUCUCAUAAGAGCUGUGAAGAUCAUUAAAAUAUGA